AUGACACCACAAUCCCUGGGACCAAUGUCUCCCCCACCUAUGUCAGCAAAGUCUUUCGGCACCUUCAUCGACUCGGAGCCGUCGACGCCAGCCUACUCACCAAGGAUGGACCACCAGUGGGACGACUCAUCGGUGGUCCUAGUCCGUCCCAUGUCCUCGUCUUCUGAACCUUCCAGCCCUACUGAGCCAGUAUGGCGCAUGCUACAACCACUGCCUGUGAAGGCCCCACCAAAGCCCAAAGCCAGCACCGUCAGACCUCAGUCCAAAGAACCGGUCUCCUCUGCCAAGGAGAUCUCAUCACAGACAUCGCUUGCAUCGCACCCUACUAAGCAGGCGAGCUACGUCAAUCGCCCGCACGCGAUCAAGCUAGCAAGCCUAUCACAACAAGAUUUCCCCCCGAAGAGCGAAGAUAUCCCACAGGAUGAUGUUACAUCACCUCAGCCGACAGCCAGCACUCCCACAGCGGCCGCCUUUGGAAAACUGGCAAACAAGAUGAAGUUGAUGCUCCGGCGUAAGAACACGAACGCAAAGAAAAAGGAGAAGAAGAAGCGAGAGUACGAAGAGGUAGACCGCAUAGAGGAUGUACACUGGACAGAGAUACUCCUACAAACCCAGCACAAGAGUUCAAGAACCAAUGGAAGAGACACUACCCUCUUCAACCCGCGAUGGAACCAACCAGCCAAGGACCCCACAACCACACUCCUAGAAUCGCGCUUCCCAACCAAAACCGUCCUCGUACUCCUCACCCUAGGCGGCCUAGCAUACUACUUCGUCGACAUAGUAGAAACCGACUGGACAGACAGCGUCUACGGCGCCUUCGAAACCGGCGACGAUGCCUCCCAACUCGCCCAACCCCUCCACUUUUACUCCUCGAAAGAAGAAGUCCAACACAUCCUCGACUUCCACAUCCCAGAUCCCAGCGCCCCGAUGAAAGACCCCGCCGUAGCGAAGUUCUUCUCGGAGCAAUUCGACAAGCUAUGUUACGGAUGGAUGAUGACGCCCGAUGAUUCGAAGAAGGGUGUCGAAGGCAUGCCAGACGUGCAAAUGCCCAUAACACACGGAUGUCGGUUCCGCAGCAACGAGCCAUGUGAAGAUUUCUUCGCCCUGGGGACAUCGCCUGGUCCCGGGCAGAACCUGUGGAAUUACUGGACUGUACUAGAUGGCCAUGCAGGACGACACACGGCAUUCUACCUCCAAUGGACACUCAUCCCCAUGGUCUCCUCCGCACUCAGCACCCUAACACCGCACGCCUCGAGCCACCAAAUCGAAAGCAGUAUAAAAACCGCCUUCCUCGCCACGGACAAAAGUAUCAUGUCCCGCGCCAAAACAGCCGCAGCCUGGUUCCCAGCCGCCAACGCCGCCGCCAUCGCCGCGCUCACACCCGCUUUCUCUGGGUCCUGCGCGCUACUCGCUGCAUUCGAUCCCCAGACCUCCAAGUUACGCGUCGCCUGCACAGGAGACUCGCGCGCCGUCCUCGGCCGCUGGGACCCCUCCACAUCCUCCUACACGGCAAUCCCCCUCUCGGAAGACCAAACCGGCUUCAACGCCAAGGAAGUAGAAAGACUAAGCAAGGAACACCCCGACGAACCCUCCGUCAUCGACCCCAAAACAGGCCGCAUGCUAGGCAUAGCCGUAACCCGCGGCUUCGGCGACCACCGCUGGAAAUGGGAUAACGAGACUAUCAAAGCGUGCCAGCACAAAUUCUGGGGUACGGCGCCCAGACCGGGGAAUCUGAGUCCCCCGUAUAUGACGGCGGAGCCCGAGAUAACGGAAACGGCAGUUGUGAGGAGGGAGCCGCGGGAUGGGAUGCUGUGUGGUGAUGGUAGGGCAGAAGGGGGGAAAAGCGAUUUCCUCAUCCUCGCUUCCGACGGCUUAUGGGAUCGGAUUUCUUCUGAACAUGCCGUCGAGUGCGUGUCCCGCUAUCUCUCCGCGCGCGCCCGUGGCCAGGGUUCCGUGAAGCAAGACCCGGAACUGCUGCGCAACCCUCCCGUUUUCCCCCAAAACUUCUCUAGCUUGGACCCGGGUGUGACGUGCGACCCCGCGGCAGGCGAAGACGUAGAUUGGAAAGCGGAGCCGCAGUUUUUUGCGAUUGAAGAUGAGAAUGCGGCGGUUUGUCUGGCGAGGAAUGCGAUGGGUGGGAGUAGGAGGGGGUUGUUUUUGGGCGUGUUGGCGGGGCCGGAGCCGUUGAGUAGGAAUGCGGUGGAUGAUACUACUAUUAUGGUUGUUUUCUUUGAUAAACUGGGUGAGGAUGGUGCUAGGGCAAAGAACGGUGGUCAGAAGCCAGUGGAGGGUGAACAGAAGAAGAGAGGGGGGAGUCUAGAUAUCAACAAGAUCGAUGUACUCAUGAAUGAUAAGAAGCCACCACCACCCCUCCGCCUCCCCUCCGCCUCCCCCACCCACCCUGUGUUGGCGGGGCCGGAGCCGUUGAGUAGGAAUGCGGUGGAUGAUACUACUAUUAUGGUUGUGUUUUUUGAUAAGGUCGGGGAGGAGGGGACGAAGAAGGGGAGUGGAGAGGCAGCGAGGGAGAAUGGAGAUGGGGAGAAGAAGAAGAGGUGGUGGUGGCCGUUGUGA